UAUAAAAGGUUAUUUCCAGUACUUGAAUAGCUUAGCUAAAUUAUUAUAAUUUAAUUUUGACUAAUUGCACUUACGUAGUAAAACGCUUUAAAAAUGAUUGAAAUCAACUGUAUUUUUUGGUCAUUAUAUUUCAUACAAACAGUCAACUUCAUGAUGAUUGAAGCCCCAUACAUAGUUUCGCCUUCAUAUUACGUCAAUAAAACAUUCACUCAUUCAUACGUUAAUACUGUGAAUAGUUUAAUAACCUAUAAUGAGAGAGAAAUCAAAAUUAGCGAUAAAGAACGUACAAUUCUGACAACCCCUAUUCAGACUUAUAAAGACACUAAAGACCGCAAUAAAGUUUUUAAUAAAUUUGACAAGAAAAUAAAAGAUAUUAAAUGUACUUGCUCAUUAAUCGUGAAAACGAAACUGGCGUACUUGUCCAAUAUUCUGGAAGGCUUGCAAAAUGGCGGCGCUAUAGAAGUUGCAAAAGAUAAAUUAAUCGAAUUAAAAGAAGAAGCGGGUCUUAUGAUCCUGUUGUUUCAAAAAGGCAAUGUCAAAGCAGGUAAGUGGUUUUGGAGUUAUUAUUUCAAAAUCAUGGCAAUAAUAGAAUACGAAAGCAACAAACAUUUAUUUGCCGAAACUCCAUUCGGAGAAGAGGAAUUACAAAGCGGUAUUUCACAUUUUUUACAAUACUGCAAGAUUAACUAUUAUCUUCCCAAAAAUAAACCAGAGUAUGAUUUGGUGUCGAAAAUUCCCAAUGUACCAAAUAACAUCUUUCAAAAACUUCGUGUGUCUGAAAUUAUUGCUGUACAUUAUGCUAACGUCAUGCAAUACAUAUCGAUUGAAUAUUUGUAUCUAAAACCGUUGUGGGAUGAUCACGAGUUAUUGUUUGGGGAAAUAACAGGCUCAACCGUAGAAUGGAGGCCAACAAUAAGACGCCACGCAGACGAAGUGAGCAAAACCAAAGAAUACAUUAAAACCCGCGAAUGGGUAUCAAAGCCGUUCGGACACCUUAGUUACCACAAGUUGAUUAAACAAAUUAUCAGUGUGAGGAUUUACACCGUUCUGUGGGUAAUGUUGGUAAUAUUCAACAAAGAAAUGCCUCAAUUAGAUCUGUUCCGCUUAAAAAUUAUAAACAUGGAGGCAAAUCAGACAAUUAUUAAAUUACAAAAAUGUAUGCACUAUACCGAAUCUUUGUUUUUUGAGUUAGUUGCAGGAAUUAAGGGUGCAAUGCACGAAAACCCAUUAAAUUUUGAUAGCAUUAUAGCUGGAAUAUCGAAGAGAGUUAAAGACAUUCUUGUUGAGUUGAAUGGGAGAAGUUCAAAUGGAAGCGAUUGGAUCAGUGUUAAUAUAAACGGAGACUUUACCUAUGAUAUGAUAAUGGAAUUUCUUCAAGAAUUGAGCAACAACUUUAGUCAGUUAAAUGAAAAGUUAACGAUUUUGAACUAUGAGCUUGCAUUAAAUAUUCUGGUCGAAGGAAAUUGAUGAUAUUGGGGAUAAUGACCAAAUAAUGUAUCUUGGUCAGUUGGUCAGUCAAAUCCUAUUUGGUCAUUCAUUUCCACUUCUAUUAAAUCCUCUAAAUCUUUUUCGGGUUCUUUAUUAUUUUCAUUACUUUCUUUGUAUAAUAUGUCUAAUGAUUUUUUUUAAAUUUUAUCUAAACCACAAAAAUCAUAUUAUCUAAUAUACAUAAUGAUUAUUUUAAUAUUGUUUUUAUAAGUUAUUUGUUGGGUGUAAGAAAUUGAUGUAGUAAAGGAAAAUAUCCAAAUUAUGUAUUUAACUUUGCACAUGUUAUGUACUGUGCACAUUUUAUUGUCAUGAUUUUCAAAUUUUAUCUAAAAUACAAAUCUUAUUUUUUAUUUA